AUGGAGAACACUCGGGUGUUUGUCAGUGGGCUUCCGCCUACUUGCUCCAAUGACCAGCUUCGCAACCAUUUUGCAAGCCGCUUCACUGUCACGGAUGCCCAUGUCCUGCCAAAACGGCGCAUGGGUUUUGUUGGCUUCAAAAGCAAUGAAGCAGCACAGGAAGCUGUUAACUACUUCAACAGGACAUAUAUGAAGAUGUCCAGGAUCUCGGUAGAUCUUGCUCGACCGAUUGAUUCUAAGCCCACAGAGAGAGCUCAUCCUACACGAAAGCGUGAUGCUGCAGAGGACGCGUCGGACAACGCCCUCAAGCGUAAGAGAGAUGCCGACUCCAAGUCACAAGACCCCAAGCUGCAGGAGUACCUUGCUCUGAUGCAAACAUCUUCCAAGACCCGAACUUGGGCAAAUGAUGAUAGCACGGCCAUGGCUCUCGCAGCCGAGCAGGCCGUGGCUCCAAUUAACCCACCCACACAGGACAACAUCCCAACCGAGGAACUUCCUUCGCAUCCGAAAAAGGUUCGGAUACAGGAACCUACAGCCGAUGGUGACGCUGGGAAGCCCCAGGCUAUGGAAGUGGACAAAUCUGAUGAGGACGCGGAGGAAGACACACCGGCUCAAGAGGACGCUGAGGCCGAGCAGGAUGAAGCAGGUCCAGUAUCAGACAGUGACUGGCUUCGGUCGAAGACGAGUCGUCUUCUUGGUCUUCUGGAUGAAGAUGAGCAGGCUGAAUUCGACCAACAUCAAGCCGCUGAGCCAGCCGAGUCACAAAGCCCCGACAUGGAAGAGUCUCGCACUGCUGUCUUCGAGGAUGUUCGUCCUCAACCUGUCGCUGACGAUGCGGCUGUUGAGGAUGAGGAUGCAGUAGAGACAACGCCCGAGCGGCCGGACCCGAAUGUUGAUCUCAUUCGUGACUCUGCUCGCUUGUUCGUUAGGAACCUUGCCUACGACACCACUGAUGCGGAUCUCCAGCCGCUCUUUGCUCCCUUCGGCAAACUCGAUGAGAUUCAUGUGGCUUUUGACACUCGGACAGAGACCAGCAAAGGUUUUGCCUACAUCCAGUACACCAACGCGGAUGCGGCCAUCGAUGCCUAUCGCGCUCUGGAUGGAAAGCAUUUCCAGGGUCGACUCUUGCACAUUCUUCCAGCUGCGACCAAGAAGACCUACAAGAUUGACGAUGUUGAGCUCUCUAAGCUUCCCCUGAAGAAGCAGAAACAAAUCAAACGUAAAAUGGGUGCUACCUCGACGGCUUUCAGCUGGAAUUCUCUCUACAUGAAUGCCGAUGCCGUCAUGUCCUCAGUGGCCGAUAGACUUGGUGUGAGCAAGGCAGAACUGCUAGACCCCACGUCAUCAGACGCUGCUGUCAAGCAAGCACAUGCUGAAACGCAUGUCAUCCAAGAAACCAAGGCCUUCUUUGCAUCGAACGGAGUGAACAUUGAAGCCUUCAAGGGUCGCGAACGUGGAAACACAGCCAUCCUGGUCAAGAACUUCUCUUUCGGUGUGAAGUCUGCUGAGCUCCGGAGUCUGUUUGAGCCGUACGGCCAGAUCCUCCGUCUUCUGAUGCCACCCAGUGGUACCAUUGCUAUUGUGGAAUUCGCAAGGCCGGACCAGGCACAGGCUGCGUUCAAGGGUCUCGCAUAUCGAAAGAUGGGUGAUUCCAUCCUCUUCUUGGAAAAGGCCCCAAAGAACUUGUUCGACGGUACGGCUGUUCCCACGGCUGUUCCCGAGACUCAGGCCAAGUCUCAAGGAUUCUCUACAUCCGACACUUUUGCGGCUGAUGAGCCUGAGACUGGCAUGACCUCAACAUUGUUCAUCAAGAACUUGAACUUCUCCACUACGAAUGACAAGUUCUUGGAGGUUUUCCGUCCAUUGGAUGGAUUCGUCACCGGUCGCAUUAAGACCAAGCCUGAUCCCAAGCGCCCGGGGCAAACCCUCAGCAUGGGUUUCGGUUUUGCAGAGUUCAGAACCAAGGCCCAGGCCCAGGCGGCUCUUGCAGCUAUGAAUGGCUACAAGCUCGAUCAGCACGAGCUUGUCAUUCGCGCCUCUCACAAGGGGAUGGACGCUGCGGAGGAGCGGAGACGGGAGGACACAGCCAAGAAAAUCGCGGCCAGGCGGACCAAGAUCAUCAUCAAGAACUUGCCGUUCCAGGUUACCAAAAAGGACAUUCGGUCCUUGUUCAGUGCCUACGGGCAGCUCCGCUCUGUGCGUGUGCCUCAAAAGUUCGAUCGGUCAGCUCGCGGUUUCGGUUUCGCGGACUUUAUCAGUGCUCGCGAGGCCGAGAAUGCCAUGGACGCGUUGAAAAACACGCAUCUCCUGGGUCGCCGACUGGUGUUGGAAUUUGCGAACGAGGAGGCUGUCGAUCCCGAGGACGAGAUCGCAAAGAUAGAAAAGAAGGUAGGAGAACAGGUGGACAGGGUCAAGCUCCAGCAGCUUACGGGCGGAGGGCGGAAGAAAUUCACUGUAGGGGCCGAGGAGGACGAAUCGUGA